AUGUUAAUGCUGCUUAAGGCAUUCGGUGUGGUGGCGGACGAUCUAAUCGAUCAUUCCGAAACGAGGCAUAACAUGGCCUGUUGGUACAAAUACGAAGACGUCGGUAUGACGGCCGUCAAUGACAGCUCGCUGCUGGAACAGUCCGUAUUCCACGUACUAAAAAAAUACCUUUCGAAUCGUCCGCAUUACGCGUCGUUGAUCGAACUGUUCCAAGACACGACGCUGAAGAGCGCCAUGGGGAAAUCCCUCGACUGCGAAAUAACUAACGAUCUCACUAAAAUGACCAUGAAAAACUACUCGUUGAUAUCGAAAUACAGGAACGGGUACUGUACGCUACAGUUGCCAGUCGCUGCGGCUAUGUAUUUAGCGGGAAUGAGCGAUCCGGAACAGCAUCGGCAAGCUCAGACUCUUUUACUGGAAAUGGGGCAUUAUUUCCAAGUUCAAAAGGAUUUCCUCAAUUGCUUCGGCAAUUCGGAAUCGAUCACCAACAUCGGUUCGGACGUGAACGAAGGCAAAUGCACCUGGUUGGCGGUGGUGGCUUUGCAAAGGGCCAGUCCGAGCCAGCGAGAAGUUAUGGAGGAGUUUUACGGGAAGAGUGGAGAAAAGGCUGUGCACGUUAUAAGGAAUUUGUUUGUCGAAUUGGGCUUGCCCGCUACCUACGAGAGAUACGAGGAGCAAACGAACAAAAUCAUAAUGACGAAUAUACAGCAAUUGACCAGGGGGUUGCCGCAUAAGUUGUUCUUUACGAUUUUGAGGGAAUUGUAUACGUUCGAAUAGCGCUAGAUUUACUAUUUUUUUAUUUCUUAUUAUUUUUUACGAAUAAUUGGACUUUUUUAAAUAUAUGUGAUAUGAAGAAAUUUAUCUAGAUAUGUGGAUGAAUAUGUAUUUAGGGACCACUUUAUUUUUCAACUUGUUUGUUAGCUUAAGGUAAAUUUUAUUACCGGCUUUUGUAUAUAAG